CAGAAAUAAAUUAAAGCACAUUCUUGAAGAAUAUAUAUCAAGAACUAGUACUAGAAGUAGCAGUAUUAUAAUUGUGCAUGCCACCACUUUAUAUCUUUUUUCCUUAUUAUUAGCUUCAUAAACAUUAAUUAAGAUAAACUCACCGGAUAUAUUAGCCAUGGAUGAAGCACAGGUGCAGGUAUGGGAAGGGUACAUAGAUUGGAGGAACAGACCUGCCAUAAGAGGAGUUCAUGGUGGAAUGCUUGCAGCUUCCUUCGUUUUAGCGGUGGAGGUAUUGGAGAACCUAGCAUAUAUUGCAAAUGCAAGCAAUCUUGUUAUGUACGUGUCCAAAUUCAUGCACUUUUCGCCAUCCAGCUCUGCCAACAUUGUCACAAACUUCAUGGGAACAGCUUUUCUUCUUGCUAUUCUUGGUGGAUUCCUUGCAGAUGCUUUCUUCACCACUUAUUCCAUAUAUCUCAUAAGUGCUGCUAUAGAAUUCGUGGGUCUACUAAUUCUAACAAUACAAGCUCAUAUACCAGCACUGAAACCACCAAGCUGCAUCAUGGGAACCACCAACAGUGGUGCAUGCGAGAAAGUUGACGGUGGUGGAGAUGCAGCUAUGCUAUUUGCAGGGCUGUAUCUGGUGGCGCUCGGCGUCGGCGGCAUCAAAGGAUCGCUUCCUCCGCACGGUGCAGAGCAGUUUGACGAGAGCACAGCAGAGGGAAGGAAGCAGAGGUCUUCAUUCUUUAAUUACUAUGUGUUUAGCCUCUCAUGUGGUGCUUUGAUUGCAGUCACUGUUGUGGUUUGGAUUGAAGACAACAAGGGUUGGCAAUGGGGUUUGGGUGUCUCAACUGCAUCAAUAUUGAUCUCUAUUCCACUUUUUCUUCUUGGUUCUCACAAGUACAGGAACAAGCUUCCUGUUGGAAGCCCCAUUACAACCAUGCUCAAGGUAAUUGCAGCAGCAAUUUGCGACAAGUGGUGCAAAGCAGGGAAGAACUCAAGCAAUGCUAUAAUGAACAUGAGCCCAUCUGAAAUACUUGAAACAGAGGAAACCAACAACAAUGUCAAAGAAGAUCAUCAAUAUCAUCAUCAAAGCCCGUUAUCAGAGAGCCUCAAAUUCCUGAACAGAGCAGUGACAUCACAACCAUGCCACCCAAUGCUCCAAUGCACAGUGAAGGAAGUUGAAGAAGUCAAAGUAGUCCUAAGAAUCCUCCCCAUUUUCAUGUCAACCAUAAUGCUAAACUGUUGCCUAGCUCAACUUUCCACCUUCUCAAUCCAACAAUCAUCCACCAUGGACACAAAUCUUGGUUCCUUCAAGGUCCCACCAGCUUCUCUCCCUGUAUUCCCAGUUCUCUUCAUCAUGGUUCUUGCCCCCAUGUACGACCACGCCAUCCUCCCAUUCGCAAGAAAAAUAACCAGAACCGAAACCGGAAUCACGCAUUUACAAAGAAUUGGAACAGGGUUGGUUCUUUCCAUUGUGGCCAUGGCAGUUGCCGCGUUAGUCGAAACAAAGAGAAAGAAAACGGCGUUGAUUCAUGGUCUAACGGAUUCAACGGAGCCUCUUCCCAUAACGUUCUUGUGGGUGGCGUUACAGUACUUGUUUCUUGGCUCUGCUGAUCUUUUCACUCUUGCUGGGAUGAUGGAGUUCUUCUUCACUGAAGCGCCAUGGAGCAUGAGGUCUCUUGCAACCGCGCUUUCUUGGGCUUCUCUUGCCAUGGGUUAUUACUCCAGCACUGUUCUUGUUUCGCUCAUUAACAAGGUCACAAGUGUGGUUGGACACACGCCAUGGUUGUUGGGUUCCAACUUGAAUCACUAUCAUCUUGAGAGGUUUUACUGGUUUCUCUGUGUUCUUAGUGGAAUCAACUUUCUUCACUAUCUAUUCUGGGCUUCUUCCUACAAAUACACAACACAAAUAUGAUAAUCAUACCACCACCUAGAUCAGUGCUUUGAUUUCUUGCAGCUUCUUCAACUUUAUCAUAUCAACUUUAAACACGGUUAUUUACAAUAAUAAUGAGUUUCAUGAUUAGCUUUA